CAGGCGGCGGCCGGGGACGAGCGGCCCCGGCGAACCAGCGCAGCCCAUGACCUCGUGACUUGUGUGACCUGUGACCCGUGACCCGCCGGCAGGUGUCAGGGCCGGGCCUCUGCCACCAUGAGCAGCACGCUGCAGUCCCCCACCGACUUCGACAGCCUGGAGAUCCAGGGCCAGUACAGCGACGUCAACAACCGCUGGGAGCUGCCCGACGUGGACUGGGACAAUGAGACCAGCUCGGCCAGGCUCUUUGAGCGCUCUCGCAUCAAGGCUCUGGCAGAUGAGCGGGAGGCGGUGCAGAAGAAGACGUUCACCAAGUGGGUCAACUCCCACCUGGCCAGGGUGCCGUGCCGCGUGGGCGACCUGUACAACGAUCUGCGCGACGGGCGCAACCUGCUGAGGCUGCUCGAGGUGCUCUCGGGAGAGACGCUGCCGAAGCCCACCAAAGGGCGCAUGCGCAUCCACUGCCUGGAGAACGUGGACAAAGCCCUGCAGUUCCUCAAGGAGCAGAAGGUGCAUCUGGAGAACAUGGGCUCCCACGACAUCGUGGACGGCAACCACCGCCUGACGCUGGGCCUGGUCUGGACCAUCAUCCUCCGCUUCCAGAUUCAGGACAUCAGCGUGGAGACCGAGGACAACAAGGAGAAGAAGUCGGCCAAGGACGCCCUCCUGCUCUGGUGCCAGAUGAAGACGGCAGGGUAUCCCAAUGUCAACGUGCACAACUUCACCACCAGCUGGAGGGACGGCCUGGCCUUCAACGCCAUCGUGCACAAACACCGGCCGGACCUGUUGGAGUUUGACUCGCUGAGAAAGUGCAAUGCCCACUACAACCUCCAGAACGUCUUCAACCUGGCUGAGAAGGAGCUGGGGCUCACCAAGCUGCUGGACCCGGAAGAUGUGAACGUGGACCAGCCCGAUGAGAAAUCCAUCAUCACCUACGUGGCCACUUACUACCAUUACUUCUCCAAGAUGAAGGCCCUCGCCGUGGAAGGCAAGCGGAUUGGCAAGGUGCUGGACUAUGCCUUGGAAGCCGAGCGCCUGGUGGAGAAGUACGAGUCCCUGGCCUCCGAGCUGCUGCAGUGGAUCGAGCAGACCAUCGUGACCCUCAACGACCGGCAGCUCGCCAACUCCCUGAGCGGCGUGCAGAACCAGCUGCAGUCCUUCAACUCUUACCGCACCGUGGAGAAGCCGCCCAAAUUCACCGAGAAAGGGAACCUGGAAGUUCUGCUCUUCACCAUCCAAAGCAAACUUCGUGCCAACAACCAGAAGGUGUACGCCCCGCGGGAGGGCCGGCUGGUCUCGGACAUCAACAAGGCUUGGGAACGGCUGGAGAAGGCGGAGCACGAGCGGGAGCUGGCGCUGCGCACUGAGCUGAUCCGCCAGGAGAAGCUGGAACAGCUGGCUGCGCGCUUUGACCGCAAGGCCGCCAUGCGGGAGACCUGGCUGAGCGAGAACCAGCGCCUGGUGGCCCAGGACAACUUUGGCCUGGAGCUGGCGGCCGUGGAGGCCGCGGUGCGGAAGCACGAGGCCAUCGAGACCGACAUCGUGGCCUACAGCGGGCGCGUGCAGGCCGUGGACGCCGUGGCCGCCGAGCUGGCCGCCGAGCGCUACCAUGACAUCAAGAGGGUGGCGGCCCGCCAGCACAACGUGGCCCGGCUGUGGGACUUCCUGCGGCAGAUGGUGGCGGCUCGGCGCGAGCGGCUGCUCCUCAACCUCGAGUUGCAGAAGGUCUUCCAAGACCUCUUCUACCUCAUGGACUGGAUGGAGGAGAUGAGGGGCCGGCUGCAGUCUCAGGACCUGGGCAAGCACUUGGCCGGGGUGGAAGACCUGCUGCAGCUGCACGAGCUGGUGGAAGCCGACAUCGCCGUGCAGGCCGAGCGGGUCCGGGCCGUCAGCGCCUCGGCGCUCCGCUUCAGCGACCCCGCGGCAGGCUACAAGCCCUGCGAGCCCCAGCUGGUGUCCCAGCGCGUGGAGGCGCUGCAGCAGAGCUACGAGGGCCUGUGUGAGCUGGCGGCCGCGCGGCGCGCCCGGCUGGAGGAGUCGCGCCGCCUCUGGCGCUUCCUCUGGGAGGUGGGGGAGGCGGAGGCCUGGAUCCGGGAGCAGCGGCAUCUCCUGGCCUCGGCCGAGCCCGGCCGCGACCUCACGGGCGUCCUGCGGCUGCUCAGCAAGCACGCGGCCCUGCGGGACGAGAUGAGCGGCCGCCUGGGGCCCCUGCGGCUCACGCUGGAGCAGGGGCGGCAGCUGGUGGCCGAGGGCCACCCGGGGGCCAAGCAGGCGGCGGCGCGCGGGGCCGAGCUGCAGGCCCAGUGGGAGCGCCUCGAGGCCCUGGCGGACGAGCGCGCCCGGGAGCUGGCCCAGGCCUCCAGCCUGCACCAGUUCCUGGCGGAGGCGCACGACAUGGAGACGUGGCUGGUGGACGCCCUGCGCCUGGUGUCCAGCCCCGAGCUGGGCCACGACGAGUUCUCCACCCAGGCCCUGGCCAAGCAGCACCGCGCCCUGGAGGAGGAGAUGCGCAGCCACCGGUCCGCCCUGGACGCGCUGAGGGAGCAGGCCGCGGCCCUGCCGGCCGCCGUGGCCCAGGCCCCCGAGGUGCAGGGCUGGCUGCCCGCGCUGGAGCGCCGCUACCAGGAGCUGCAGGCGCGGGCCGGCGAGCGGGCCCGGGCCCUGGAAGCCGCCCUCGCCCACUACACCAUGCUCAGCGAGGCCGGCGCCUGCGGGCUCUGGGUGGACGAGAAGGAGCAGUGGCUCAACGGGCUGGCCUUACCCGAGCGCCUGGAGGACCUGGAGGUGGUCCAGCAGAGGUUUGAGACUCUGGAGCCUGAAAUGAACGCCCUGGCUGCCCGGGUGGCCGCGGUCAACACCAUUGCCCAGCAGCUGCUGGAGGCCGAGCCGCCCGGCAGGGACAGCAUCCUCGCCACCCAGAAGCAGCUCAACCAGAGGUGGCAGCAGUUCCGGAUCCUUGCCGACGGCAAGAAGGCGGCCCUGACCUCCGCCCUGAGCAUCCAGAACUACCACCUUGAGUGCACGGAGACCCAGGCCUGGAUGAGGGAGAAGAUCAAAGUGAUCGAGUCCACGCAGGGCCUGGGCAACGACCUGGCCGGAGUCCUGGCCCUUCAGCGCAAGCUGGCCGGCACCGAACGGGACCUGGAGGCCAUCGGGACCCGCGUGGGGACGCUGGCGCAGGAGGCGCACGCCCUGGCCGCCGGCCACCCCGCGCAGGCCCCCGCCAUCGAGGCCCGGCUGCGCGAGGUCCAGGAGGGCUGGGAGGGCCUGCGCGCCACCAUGCGGCGCCGGGAGGAGUCGCUGGGCGAGGCGCGGCGGCUGCAGGACUUUCUCCGGAGUUUGGACGACUUCCAGGCGUGGCUGGGCCGGACCCAAACCGCCGUGGCCUCAGAAGAAGGGCCGGCCACGCUCCCCGAGGCAGAGGCCCUGCUGGCCCAGCACGCGGCCCUGCGCGACGAGGUGGAGCGGGCCAAGGGCGAGUACGGCCGCCUCCGCGCCGUGGGCGAAGAGGUGACGCGCGACCAGGCCGACCCCCAGUGCCUCUUCCUGAGGCAGCGCCUCGAGGCCUUGGGCACCGGCUGGGAAGAGCUGGGCCGCAUGUGGGAGAGCCGCCAGGCCCGGCUGGCCCAAGCCCACGGCCUGCAAGGCUUCCUGCGGGACGCCCGGCAGGCCGAGGGGGUGCUCAGCAGCCAGGAGUACGAGCUGUCUCACACCGAGAUGCCGGGGACCCUCCAAGCGGCCGACGCUGCCAUCAAAAAGCUGGAGGACUUCAUGAGCACCAUGGACGCCAACGGGGAGCGGAUCCGGGGGCUCCUGGAAGCGGGGCGCCAGCUGGUGGCCGGGGGCAACAUCCAUGCCGAGAAGAUCAAGGAGAAGGCGGAUUCGAUCGAGAAGAGGCACAGCAAGAAUCAGGAGGCCGCCCAGCAGCUUCUCCGCCGUCUCCGGGACAACCGCGAGCGCCAGCACUUCCUACAGGAGUGCCAUGAGCUGACGCUGUGGAUCGACGAGAAGAUGCUGACGGCCCAGGACGUGUCCUAUGACGAGGCUCGCAACCUGCACACCAAGUGGCAGAAGCACCAGGCCUUCAUGGCCGAGCUGGCGGCCAACAAGGACUGGCUGGACAAGAUCGACCGGGAAGGGAAGGUGCUGACGUCGGAGAAGCCCGAGCUGAAGCCCCUGGUGGGGGAGAAGCUGCAGGCCCUGCACGAGCGCUGGCAGGAGCUGGAGGAGACCACGCAGGCCAAGGCCCGCAGCCUGUUUGACGCCAACCGCGCGGAGCUGUUCGCCCAGAGCUGCUCGGCCCUGGAGAGCUGGCUGGGCACGCUGCAGGCCCAGCUGCACUCGGACGACUACGGCAAGGACCUCACCAGUGUCAACAUCCUCCUCAAGAAGCAGCAGAUGCUGGAACGAGAGAUGGCCGUCCGGGAGAAGGAGGUGGAGGCCAUCCAGGCUCAGGCCAAGGCGCUGGCCCAGGAGGAGCACGGGGCGGGAGAGGUGGAGCGCACAUCCAGAGCCGUGGAGGAGAAGUUCCGGGCCCUGUACAAGCCCCUCAAGGAGCGCUGCAACCGCCUGCUGGCCUCCCGCGAGCAGCACCAGUUCCACCGGGACGUGGAGGACGAAAUCCUGUGGGUGACCGAGCGGCUGCCGAUGGCCAGCUCCACGGAGCACGGCAAGGACCUGCCCAGCGUCCAGCUCCUCAUGAAGAAGAACCAGACUCUGCAGAAGGAGGUCCAGGGUCACGAGCCCCGCAUCGCGGACCUGAGGGAGCGGCAGCAGGCCCUGGGGGCGGCCGCGGGCCCGGAGCUGGCGGCCAGGGUGGCCGAGCUCCAGGAGCUGUGGAGGCGCCUGGGCCAGGAGCUGGAGCAGCGCGGGGCCCGCCUCCGGGACGCACUGAGGGCCCAGCAGUUCUACCGCGACGCCGCCGAGGCCGAGGCCUGGAUGGGGGAGCAGGAGCUGCACAUGAUGGGUCAAGAGAAGGCCAAGGACGAGUUGAGUGCUCAGGCAGAGGUCAAGAAGCACCAGGUCCUGGAGCAAGCGCUGGCUGACUACGCGCACACCGUGCACCAGCUGGCGGCCAGCAGCCAGGACAUGAUCGCGGCCCAGCAUCCCGAGAGUGACCGGCUGACCAUCCGCCAAGCCCAGGUGGAGAAGCUGUACGCCAGCCUGAAGGAGCUGGCCGUGGAACGGCGGGCGCGGCUGCUGGAGCACCAGCGCUUGUGCCAGCUGCGGCGGGACCUGGACGACCUGGAGCAGUGGAUCCAGGAGCGGGAGGUGGUGGCCGCCUCGCACGAGCUGGGCCAGGACUACGAGCACGUCAGCAUGCUGCGGGACAAGUUCCGGGAGUUCUCCCGAGACACCAGCACCAUUGGGCAGGAGCGGGUGGACGGCGCCAACGCCCUGGCCGACGGGCUGAUCGCGGGGGGCCACGCCGCCCGAGCCACGGUGGCCGAGUGGAAGGACGGGCUCAACGAGGCCUGGGCCGACCUCCUGGAGUUACUGGACACGCGGGGCCAGGUCCUGGCCGCCGCCCACGAGCUGCAGCGCUUCCUGCACGUGGCGCGCCAGGCCUUGGCGCGCGUCCAGCACAAGCAGCAGCAGCUGCCCGACGGGGCCGGCCGGGACCUGAACUCGGCGGAGGCCCUGCAGCGGCGGCACUGCGCCUACGAGCACGACAUCCAGGCGCUGAGUGCCCAGGUGCAGCAGGUGCAGGACGACGGGCACCGCCUACAGAAGGCCUACGCGGGGGAGAAGGCGGAGGAGAUCGGCCGCCACAUGCAGGCGGUGGCCGAGGCCUGGGCCCAGUUACAGGCCAGCUCGGCCGGGCGGCGCCAGCUGCUCCUGGACACCGGGGACAAGUUCCGCUUCCUGCAGGCCGUGCGGGAGCUCAUGCUCUGGAUGGACGGGGUCAACCUGCAGAUGGACGCCCAGGAGCGGCCGCGGGACGUGUCCUCCGCUGACCUGAUGAUCAAGCACCACCAGGGCAUCAAGGCCGAGAUCGAGGCCCGAGCUGACCGCUUCUCCUCCUGCAUCCGCCUGGGGCAAGAGCUGCUGGCCAAGAACCACUAUGCGUCCGAGGAGAUCUCAGAGAAGCUGGCCCAGCUGCAGGCGAGGCGCCAGGAGACAUCUGACAAAUGGCAGGAGAAGAUGGACUGGUUUCAGCUUGUUCUGGAAGUGCUCGUGUUCGGCCGAGACGCCGGCGUGGCGGAGGCCUGGCUCUGUAGCCAGGAGCCCCUGGUGCGGAGCGCCGAGCUGGGCUGCACUGUGGACGAGGUGGAGAGCCUGAUCAAGAGGCACGAGGCCUUCCAGAAAGCGGGCUCCUGGGAGGAGCGCUUCAGCGCUCUGGAAAAGCUGACGGCGCUGGAGGAGAAGGAGGAGCUGCAGAGGAGACAGCGGGAGCAGCAGGAGGAGGAAGAGCGGAGGAGGAAGGAGCCUCCAGCCUCAGUUUCCCCAGCGGCGCCUCCCCAUGGGGAUCACGUGGAUGGCCAGGCAGCUCGGAGGCCUCGAAGGACCCAGGCCCGGCUGCCGUCCUCUGGGGAGCCAGUGGCGGUCAAUGGCGUCUGCACAGAUUCGGAAUCCCCUCAGCCCCUGUUGGAGCAACAAAGACUGGACCAGAGCAGAGAAGGCCCCGCCCCCGGGGCAGGGGAGGCAGCCAAUGGACCCCGGGGAGAGAGGCAAGGCAGGGCCCGAGGCGCUGCCCCUCCCCCAGUGCCCCAGGGCAGGGCCCCCGAAUCAGCCUAUGCGGCCACUUUGCCCCCUCGCGGCCCUGAGCUCUCCGCCCAGGAGCAGAUGGAGGGCCUGCUCUGCCGGAAACAGGAGAUGGAGGCCUUUGGCAAGAAGGCGGCCAACAGGUCGUGGCAGACCGUGUAUUGCGUCCUGCGCCGUAGCACCCUCGGCUUCUACAAAGACGCCCGAGCCGCCAACAUCGGGCUGCCCUACCACGGGGAGGUGCCCGUCAGCCUGGCCAGGGCCCAGGGCAGCGUGGCCCUGGACUACCGGAAACGCAAGCACGUCUUCAAGCUGGGUUUACAAGAUGGAAAGGAGUAUUUGUUCCAAGCCAAGGAUGAGGCGGAGAUGAGCUCGUGGCUGCGGGUGGUGAACGCGGCCAUUGCCGCGGCCUCUCCAGCCUCCGCGGAACCCGAGGACACCGUGACGCCCAGCGCUUCCCGGGGCAUGACUCGGGCGAUGACGAUGCCCCCGGUGUCCCCCGCCAACGCCGAGGGUCCCGUCACCAUGCGCAGCAAGGAGGGCAAGGAAAGGGACCGAGAAAAACGCUUCAGUUUCUUCAAGAAGAACAAGUAGGGGCGGGCCGCCCCGCUGGACCGCAGCCCUCGCUCGCAGCCGGUGGGCAGCAGCCCCCGGGGACUGGCGCCGAGCCCCGCCCGCUGCUCAGGACCAUCCCCAGGAGCUCUGAUUGGAGAUGCCCGGGGUUCUUUUCUUCUGCUAUUUAAUUUCCAGACUGGCGACGGGCCCCAGGCUGUCCCCGGUUCAUCUUUCCCCCCUCGUCCGUUUGGCUCCCCCCACUCCCCUCUCCCCACGGAGCCUGGGACGGCCCCCCGUUACCCUCUGCCAAACGGGGCCUCGCCGCCCACUCUGCCCCGGCCUCAGGCCUCCCCUCUCCACACAGCCGGGCUUCCUCUGGUUCCGUGUCCCGUAGGAACCAGGCAGGAACCUGCCGGAGUGAAACGGGCCUUGGGGACGGGAGCGCGGACUGAUGGAGCCGGUGAUGCUGACGGGCUCGCCCCACUGCCCCCUCCCCCUCCUCGCGCUCCCAGGAGCGGGGGGCUCCUCUGGGGGGUCCCCACCACGCCGGGACGUGGAGACGAUUAAACCACUCAGCUCUCUGUG